AGAGUCAGGUCAUUUUCUCUACUCCCAAUCUACAGUACUCUCACUUCCCAUUUCGCGCAGCACCAUCAUCACAUCACUCCUCCCUUCCCGCCGGCGAAAAUGCAGCCAUUCCUCCGGCCAUCUAUCCUCCUCUUCCUGCUCCUCCUCUCCCUGAUUCCCACCAGCCUCCCCCAGUCCUCCCCGGCACCCCAACCACUCACCACUGACGACAUCAACAUCACCGACCUCAUGUCCAAAAAUGGCUGCAAAUCAUUCGCCGAUCUCCUCCAUUCCACCGCAGAUGCCGCCGAUUCCUUCGCCUCUAACAUCGGCAGCGGCCUCACCGCCUUUUGCCCCACCGAUCCCGUCCUGAAGCCCUUUCUCCCCUUAUUCAAAAACCUAACCGCCGACCAGAAGAUCUCCCUUCUUCUAUACCACGCGAUCCCCAUCUACUACUCGAUCCAGAUGCUCAAAUCCAACAAUGGCGUCGUUAACACCCUCGCCACCGACGGCACCACCAAGAACUACAACUUCACCAUACAGAACGAUGGCGAUGUCGUUACGCUGCAGACGAAGGUCACGAAGGCCAAUAUCACCGGUACGCUUUUUGAUAAGGAUCCCGUGGCGUUAUACGCCAUUGAUGAGGUGCUCGAGCCGACAGAGAUAUUUAAGCCGGCGGAGGUGCCGGUGCCGGCGCCGGCACCGCAGGUGGUGGCGGAUUCACCGAAACCUGCCGGAAAAAAGCAGUCGAACGGAUCGCCUGAGGCGCAAAGCCCCGGCGACAAGGCGGCGGAUCAGAAAGCGGGGGAUAAUAAUAGAGCUGCUGCUGCAGGUAAUCUUGCCGGUGUUGCUGCCGUGGCUGCGUUUUUUGCUUUUGCUUUUGUUUAGGCUUUUUUCUUUUUUUUUCUUUUUUUUUUUUGAGCUGGGUGGGGGGAAUUUACAGACAUAGCACCCAAUUUUUAUAUAAUUACUAAUCUACCCCCCUAAACUUUUAUUUUUACAUAUCUUCCUAUGUAUGCAACUAAUAGUGUAAUUCACCUUUUCAUGCAUAAAUUAGAGUGCUAAGGAUGUGAAAAUCAACGUUUAAAUGUGAGAUAAGUAAAUGCAUAACAUUUGGGUGCUAUGUAUGUA